AAUGACAUUAGUCAUUAGUAAAAAUUUAGUAAUAAGCUCGUUUAUAAAAUUUCUAUAAAAAAUUUAAAAUAUCCAAAUUGAAUAAAAAUUGAAAAAUAAUAUAAGACGUAAAGAGCACCUUUUGAUGGUUAAGACAAGAAUAUUUAAAUCUUUACGGAGAAGAUUUCCUUAAAUUCCUGAUUUACUGGUUUAGCUACAGGAAGGCUUAAAAAUCAGAAAAACAAUUAUGUCAGUGUUGCCACGAGGAAUUGAAUGUUCAAGAGCCGAACCGAGGUAUGGGUGUGUGAAAGGCGAAUACAGCAUCUACUAUAAGAGGCCUUGUUACGGCCAGCCCCGUCCUAAGCCGUAUCAAAAGGAAGUAGCACCAUACUACGGAGGACCAAGCAAUGCACCUCGGGAAAGGCCUUGCUGCUACGAUUUCCCAUGCAAAGCAGACUGCUUCAACCACGGCGCAGCCACGAGACCUAGCGGAAGGUAUGCGAGAACGAACUGGUACCCUGGCGAGUGUUGUCCUGCGGUGCCUCCGUGCCAAGCUUUUACGUACCCCAACCCACCUUAUCAUCCCUGCUGUGUCUUCACUGUAAACAAAUACGUUUAACAAUAAGUGUUAGGCUAGGCGCACGAGCUACCUAGGUUAUUUAACCUACAGUAGGUUUUUACGCAAGUUUUGUCUUCCACAUCAAAAAGAGAAUUUGUAUAUGAGUAGGUAUGUUGCAAGGCAGCACCUGCUGCAUAGAUGUGAUGUAAAUAAGACAAAUCUGUUGUGAAGAGAACAUUUUACCUAUGUAAAAGUUUAUUUAACUUCUUUCAAGUUGAGUUUAGAAUUUUUAUUAAAAGUCUUUUC